CACUCUGAGUCACUGUGUGCGCAGUUGUUUGUAGCUCCAAAGAGACGCCAGUAGCUUUUAGCUGAGGGACAUUGAAUGACUUUGUCCCCGUGUGCGGCGGCAGGGUAAAGAAAGUUGCCUAUCUGACGGGUUGGGAGAAUGGAGGCCCUCAUACCUGUCAUUAACAAACUGCAGGAUGUGUUUAACACAGUCGGCGCAGACAUUAUUCAACUGCCGCAGAUAGUUGUUGUUGGAACUCAGAGCAGUGGGAAGAGUUCGGUUUUAGAGAGCUUGGUUGGCAGGGACAUCCUACCACGUGGCACAGGCAUCGUCACACGCCGGCCCCUCAUCUUACAGCUGGUGCACAUCGACUCAGAGGACCGUAGGAAAACCAAUGAAGAGAAUGGCAUCGAAGGAGAGGAAUGGGGCAAAUUCUUACACACAAAAAACAAGAUCUACACAGAUUUUGAGCAGAUCAGGCAGGAGAUCGAGGCCGAAACAGAAAGACUUUCUGGCAAUAACAAGGGUAUAAGUGAUGAUCCCAUUCACCUGAAAGUCUUCUCACCACAUGUAGUGAAUCUCACCUUAGUUGACCUUCCCGGCAUUACAAAGGUACCAGUAGGAGAUCAGCCAAAAGACAUAGAGAUCCAGAUCAGAGAGCUGAUCUUCAAGUACAUCUCCAACCCAAACUCCAUCAUCCUGGCUGUGACUGCUGCCAAUACAGACAUGGCGACCUCAGAGGCUCUGAAAGUGGCCCGAGAGGUUGACCCUGAUGGCAGGAGGACGCUAGCUGUGGUGACCAAGCUGGACCUGAUGGAUGCUGGCACGGAUGCCAUGGAUGUGUUGAUGGGCAGGGUCAUUCCUGUCAAGCUGGGCAUCAUAGGGGUAGUUAACAGGAGUCAGUUGGAUAUCAAUCAAAGGAAGCUGGUGGCAGACUCAAUACGUGAUGAAUAUGCCUUCCUACAGAAGAAGUACCCCUCCCUUGCAAACAGAAAUGGAACUAAAUAUCUGGCUAGAACACUGAACAGGCUACUCAUGCACCACAUCAGAGACUGCCUCCCUGAGCUGAAGACGAGGAUCAACGUGCUGGCAGCUCAGUACCAAUCUCUACUCAACAGUUACGGUGAACCCGUUGAUGACAAGAGUUCCACCCUGCUGCAGCUCAUCACCAAGUUUGCUGCAGAGUACUGCCACACCAUAGAGGGCACAGCCAAGUACAUCGAGACAGCUGAACUAUGUGGAGGAGCCAGAAUCUGUUAUAUCUUCCAUGAGACAUUUGGUCGCACAUUGGAGUCAGUUGAUCCUCUCGGUGGUCUAACAACCAUCGAUGUCCUCACAGCAAUCAGAAAUGCAACGGGCCCGAGGCCUGCUUUAUUUGUGCCUGAAGUAUCCUUUGAGUUGCUAGUGAAGCGGCAGGUGAAGCGUCUGGAAGAGCCCAGCCUGCGCUGCGUGGAGCUGGUUCAUGAGGAGAUGCAGAGGAUCAUCCAGCACUGCAGCAACUACAGUACACAGGAGUUGCUGAGGUUUCCUAAGCUCCAUGAUGCCAUAGUAGAAGUUGUCACCUCAUUACUCAGAAAGAGACUCCCCGUCACCAACGAAAUGGUUCACAACCUUGUUGCCAUUGAACUUGCAUAUAUCAACACCAAGCACCCCGACUUCGCUGAUGCCUGCGGUCUCAUGAACAACAACAUAGAAGAGCAGAGACGCAACAGAAUGAGAGACCUCCCCUCUGCUGUCCCUAGAGACAAGGCAGCAUCCAGCGGCCCUCAGAGCGGCUCAGUCAGCGACCAAGCAGACGGUGGAACAGGAAACUGGAGGGGUAUGUUGAAGAGGGGAGAGGAGAACACAGGAGGAGACAGGGCCUUUUCUAUCCCAGCCCUCCCUUCCAGCCCACAGAAGGGCCACGCUGUCAACCUGCUAGAUGUGCCUGUUCCAGUAUCCAGGAAGUUGUCUGCCCGGGAGCAGAGAGACUGUGAGGUCAUCGAGAGACUCAUCAAGUCCUAUUUUCUCAUCGUCCGCAAAAACAUCCAAGACAGUGUACCAAAGGCAGUGAUGCACUUCCUGGUGAACCAUGUGAAGGACUGCCUGCAGAGUGAGCUGGUGGGUCAGUUAUACAAGACGGUCCUGCUGGACGACCUGUUGACAGAGUCCGAGGACAUGGCUCAGAGACGCAAUGAGGCUGCUGACAUGCUCAAGGCAUUGCAGAAAGCCAGCCAGGUGAUAGCAGAGAUCAGAGAAACCCACAUGUGGUGAGAGCGGCCCCCUCUUCAGCGAGCCCUCUGCACCCCAAACGGAUCCUCGGGCCCUACCAGACCAUCAAACCCCUGUCGAACGUCUCAGCACUUCAGACCACAGAGACGGCAACUCAAAAAUGCACUGCUGCUGAUGUGUGUAUAUGGAAACAUAGUUUUUAAAAAGCGUGCAGUACAUGUAAAACCCCCUCACUGCUGGCAUCACAUAUGCUUCUGUAACUAGAUUUAUAAAUUUUUCUUAUGUUAUUACAACAUCUAGAUAAUGUUAUGCAUCACCACUAUGUGGAGCCUUGCUGAGGAAUGUCUGCUCUUAUGUACAUUUGAAUUAAAGAUACAGGUGGAAAACCUUCAGUUCAACAUGUAGACGCUCUCUUUAUCAUGCGAAGUCCUUUAACCUCUCAGUGGACAUGUCACAAAAUGAUCCGUCUGCUGACUUCUCCUAAGAACUUUACUUAAUGUGGGUUUUUAUUGUGAAAAUACACCAUCAUUUUUACACUUUUCAGUAUCCUUUAUGUAGAUCUGCAACUUUUCUACAUUAGAUUCAUCAUUUUCUUUUUAUUUCACCUUAUCGAACAAAACCUGAGUGAGCUGUUGCUGGGUGUUUCAGGGUGGGUGAUUGUUUGCAUUUUGGACUUCAAUAACGGACAAUCUGCACAGUUCGCAAGCACACAGCAAAGUGAAUGUAAUGACUUCUUUAUUAUUUUGCAAUCAUGGUAAUUGACAUGUAACCUAACACAACAGAACAAUGAAUACACAUGUAAUAGACCAAUAGGCCAA